AUGUCAACAGCAACGGCAACACCAGCAAUCCCGGCGACAACGAGAGAUGAAGCAACUCAGAGCAACUACGAGGAGAUUUCAUCCACGCAUCUCCAUUUAGACUGGCAAAUCGUCUGGGAGAUGUCCGAGAUAACCGGUGUCGUCACUCACUCACUGGUUGCGCACAAGCACGGCGUGCAUGAGGUGCACUUAGAUACGAGUUAUUUGAAAAUACGCCGUGUUUCCACUGCAAGGCAUAAUCAAAGUCUCAACUUCAAAUUGCAACAGCGAGAUGCCACAAUGGGGAACAAAUUGGUUAUCUACCUCCCACACAAGCUCAACGAGAGUGAAACGAUUGAUAUCACAAUCAACUACUCGACCACCAAGUAUUGCACUGCACUGGCUUGGCUUGGGAAAGCCCAGACUACUGGUGGUGACUACCCCUACGUCUACAGUCAGUGUGAAGCAAUUCACGCUAGAUCACUCGUCCCCUGCCAAGACACGCCUGCGCGCAAGUUUACCUACUCUUCCAAGGUCAGAAGCACCCUACCUGCCCUCAUGUCAGCUCUGAGAGUGGCACCUGCGAAAGACACGCCAUUAGAUGAGUUGCUUGGGAAAGACGUCGUUUAUGAGUAUAACCAGCCCAUCCCAAUGCCCUCAUAUCUGAUUGCAAUCGCGUCUGGGAAGCUAGCCUUUAAGUCUUUCGAUGUACCAAGCGGUGUGGUGUGGAACGCGGGUGUAUGGACCGAACCAGAACUUCUUACGUCGUCUUACGACGAAUUCAAUGAAGACAUACCAAAGUAUAUCCAAAAAGCAGAACACUUGACUGGUUCAGAGUAUGCGUGGGGGACAUACGAUAUUCUCGUCCAGCCAAAAAGCGCACCAUUCGGAGGUAUGGAGAAUGUCUGUCUUACAUUCGCAACACCAACUCUCCUUGCUGGAGAUAGAAGCCUGACGGACGUGUUAGCGCACGAGAUUAGUCACUCGACAUUCGGCAAUGACAUCACUUGUUGUCAAUGGAACCACUUCUGGGUCAACGAAGGCUUCACAACGUACAUGGAAAGACUCAUCUUGCAGUUCAUGCAUUCAAAAGCAGAUCGCGACUUCUCAUACAUUAUCGGAAGGAAGGCCUUGCAAGAAAGUCUGGAGGAGAUGGAAAACGAGCGCAGAUACCAGAAAUUGGUCAUACCUUACCGCGCUGGAGAAGAUCCAGAUGAUGGGUUUUCCAGCGUACCUUACGACAAAGGCGCAAAUUUCCUCUACUACCUUGAAAAGACUGUUGGAGGCUUAGACGUGUUCCUGCCAUUCGUCAGGAGCUAUGUUCAGACAUUCAAAGGAAAGAGCAUUGCUACUGCAGACUUUCACACACAUCUAUUUGAUUUCUUCAGUGGAGAUAAGGCGGCAACGGAGCAACUCGACAAGGUUGAUUUUGACGCUUGGUACAAUGGCACAGGAUUGUCCCUGCCAGUCGAGUUGGACUACGAUACAUCAUUAGCUGAUGCUGCCUUUGAUUUGUCGGACAGGUGGAAUCAAAGGCGCAACGCAAGUAGCAAAGAGUUAGAAUCAACCUUUCACGCAGACGAUAUAAAAAACUUCAACUCGAACCAAAAGGUGGUGUUUUUGGAGAAGUUGCAGUCCUAUCCAGCAUUCAAAGAGGAGGUACCGAAAGCCAUUGCUAAGGUGUACGGUUUCGAUGAGGCACAGAAUGCUGAAAUAAGAUUCAGAUUCUACAUCCUCGCUCUCAACUGUGGUAAGACUUAUGCUAAAGCUGCGGCAGAAUGGGUAGCACACCAAGGUAGAAUGAAGUUCUGCAGACCGUUAUUCAGAUCGUUGAACAAGGUUGAUAGCUCACUAGCUUUGAAGACGUUUAAAGACAAUGAGAACUUCUAUCACCCAAUUGCAGCCAAGCAGAUUAGAAGAGAUUUGAAGUUGGAUAAGUGA